AUGCUUUUUGUUCCAUAUUUAUUCUAUUUUGGACUCUAUGACAUUUACUACAAUACUGACACAAAAUUGGACGAUUUGGAGAGCUCGGAGGCUCAGAAAUGGCUUGUCAAGUGGAUUUUGAAGAAUAUUCUGAUUAUUGCGUAUUUUCGACCGGGACUUCCACCUCAAUUGGUUAUAAAUGACAACACUUUACUAAUAUAUGGAUCGGCGGGUUUGGCGUUGACAACUGUGUGGAUUCCGUGUGUGAAAAGCUUCCCAACACUCUCGACGAUUCUAAUGAUUCUCCACGUCAUCUGCUUCGUCAUCGGACCAUUCAACGCGUUUAGAAGAUUCUUGAAGGGCGGAUAUCGUCAGUACACCAGUUUAGAAUUAAACCGUUACUUUUGUUUCUUCUGGGUUCUUGGAAGAGGAAUACUUUUUCAUUUCUUCGCAGUGAAAGGGCCCCCGUAUUUCCCGAGUAUGGUGCAUUAG